AUGAGAUCUUCGCGUUCGGUCUUAAUAAUAGAUAAGGAAAAACUACCAAAAUUACGAUGUUUUUCAUUAUCUUGUCGAUUGAGUUUAUAUUGCUAUGAUACAAUAAUCAUACCACUUUUACAUCGAAUGUCAAAUUUAGAACAACUCAGUUUGUAUUUAUCGCACGUUCAUCGUAAUAGAUUUAUUAAUGGAAAUGACUUGAAACAAAAUAUUGUUGAUUAUUUACCAGAACUAAAUCAAUUUCGGUUCAAUAUUCAUUCAACUAUGUUGUUAAAUAAUGAAAUUAUUUCUUGUGUCAAUUACUUUCUAGGAGAUAAUGAAGGUGAAUGUCUUAUCUAUUCAUAUCCAUACACACUGAGACAUUAUUACAAAAUCGCAAAUAAUUUUCCAGGUGGAUUAUUUCCAUGUGUUCAUGAAGUAUCAUUAUUUGAUGAACAUCCUUUCGAACACGAAUUUUUUAUUCGAAUUCAGAGAUCAUUUCCAUUUAUGAAACGUUUAAUUAUAAAUAAUCGAAAAGCACAAAAGGAAAAACAAUGUAAAAAACUAAAAAAUACCAAUCAAGAUUUAUUAGUUAUUGAAUAUUCUCAUCUACAGUGCCUUAUUUUGAAUGAAGCUCAUCAUGAUUAUGUCGAACAAUUUCUACUUGAUACGAAAACACGUUUACCAUAUGGUGUUGAUCUUUUUGUCGAUUAUAAACCUUUAAAGAGAGUAACAUACAAUUUUAAACGAGAUGCAACACAGAUUAAUUGUUCAAAAGUGAGAUAUAUAUGUUCAGAUACAAAUUUUCGAUUUCCAAAACAUUUCAAAGAUUAUUUUCUUGAUAUUGAUACAUCAUAA